AUGUCUAAUUUCGGCGACGCUCUGAUCAAGAGACUGCUAGUAUCAGGAGUUAAGGUGACUGAAAAGUGUGUGUACUGGAAGCCGGUGCUAAUAAGCUAUAAAUGGCCGAAAUACGCGAAGAAUCCAGAAUACGCAGAUCAGUUGCCAGUGGGUGAAAUAGUUCGAGUGGAACGUAAUAAUGUUGAAAAGUUCAUAUCGGGAAGAGCAGUCAACCAGUACUUUAUCCAGAAAAGAAUAGCGGAGACGUCAACGGCGACGCUGUGGAGGUGCUACGACGUGGUAACGAACAAGUUCUACUGCAUAAAGCUAUACUACAUAACAGCAUGUAAGAAGGAGAGGUCAGUGCGUUUCUUCAAAGACGACACGGAGGUGGUCACGCUGCUGGACAAGGUGAUCGACGAGAUGAUGUACCAAACAUCGCUGAAAUCGUCCCAGGGAGUGUGCAGAGCGAAGGAGGUCCUGGUGGACCUGGCCGGAGACCUGAUCUACUUUAUAAUGGACUACUACCCCUCGCAGCUGAUGAACUACGACUACAACACGGGACGAUACUGCGGACCGUACAAGGGAGAGCUGCGAAUGAAAUACCUGUACAACGAAAAGACGGCCAGGGAGAUCAUGACGCAGCUGGUGAAGACGACGGAGAAGCUGCACGCGAAGGGCCUGGUGCACAAGGACAUAAAGCCCGACAACAUACUUAUCUCGACAGUGGACGCGCGAAUGUUCGAUUGCUUCAACGCGCCGGAGAACGCGACGAUGAGUCGGUACUCCUCGGACGACCUGAUGGAGACGACGCCGCACAACGAGGACGCGGAGGAGUUGGUGGAAAAAAUAGACCUCGCGAAGACGACGGAGGUGGUGAAGUUCAGCAGGGAGGGGCUGAGCAGGAGUCUGUUCUGCGAAGGAGUGACUGGGGACUUCCCGUACAACUUCAGCAACCACUUCGACCUCAUAUUCAUGCUCUGGGAGGACUCGAGGGUGAUAAUAGACCUGAACCGCUUCAGACAGAGCGAAAACGAGUUCUUCCUGGGAAAAAACGCACUGACGUUCGCACGCCAGGCGGCCUUGAACUCUGUGGUUAACGCGAGGGACGUGUACUCGUACUUCACAAGGCACCGCCCGGAGCUAAACUACAAGAUUAACAGGAACUUCAGCCCCUUAAAGGCUAUUCAGAGCACGCUGAAGGACGGAAAAGGUGCUGGAGCAAGCAGCGCCAGUUACGCCACUGGCGCCAACGGGCAAAAUGGCGAUAAUCUGACGCCUAGAGGAAGAGGCAGGACUCCCAGAAUUAAAAACUUAGCCAAGGAUGGAGACUUUGAACUGAAGGUAGAGGCGGUGCUCUGCGACUUUGGAGUCGCAAGUAUAGCGGAGCAGGAGCUGGGCGAGCUGGUGAUUUACGAUUCAGAGGGAACGACGUCGUUCACGAGUCCAGAGAGCCUGAAGUACAUCGAAGGCUCAAUCUCGGCGCCCAAAAGGGAGGUGUUUUCGCUCGGAGUGACGCUGUACUGUAUGAUUUACGGCAUGCUUCCGUACUCGGGUAAGAGCAGCAUUGAAAUGCUUGUGAGCAUUCUCGAGACGCCGCUGGUGUACCACGCAUUCCGCGAAGUUUCCGACGAUUUGAAGCUCCUGCUCUCCGAAAUGCUCCACAAGGACCAGGACAAGAGGAUUAAGCUGAGCUCAAUUCUGAGUCAUCCAUGGUUUAAGAAUUCACAGUAA